UGUCACGUACUUUAUUUGUUCUGAAUUUCUAAAAUCUUGAAUUUAGGAAUUCACAAAUUCCAACACCACAUGCCAAUCAUCCAAGAAAUCUCAGGAAACUACCACCGGCACCCCCGUGAACAUGGCCAGAACGACCCUCAAUCACCAGCGGCGCCACCUCGUCAAUUGCAUCAAAGUCCAAAACGAAAGAUAGAUUCGGCCCCAAGAAAGCUCCUUUUUCUCUUCCUCAAAUGGAUCAUCAUGACAUUCAUCCUGUCUUUGUUACUGAUCUUUGUAGGCUUCGCUGCCCUGGUCCUCCUUCACAUCCUCCUCACGACCGCAGUGGUCCACCGCCACCGCCACCGCCGACGCCGGCAAACCCGCCGAUCUUUUUCCCGCAGCUCCUCAUUAUAUUCCAUGCAAGAGCAAGACCUCUAUGACCUCCUCCCGCACCUUAACUACUCUGCAUCAGAACAGACCACAAUGGAUUGUGCAAUUUGCUUGGAGAGUUUCAAGGAGGGAGAGCUUAGCCGGAAGCUGCCGGAUUGUAACCAUUUAUUUCACCUGAAUUGUGUGGAUAAUUGGCUUACGAAAAAGCCCAACUGCCCUGUUUGUCGAACCCGGGUUCAGCUCCAUUCAGGGGCUUCUAGGUCAAGAGACAGUGAUGAUGACGGGAAGUUUUGGUGGCCUGUUGGGGCCUGAAGAUGGCAAUGCUGGGAUUUUGGAUUUUAAUGAAGGAAAUAAUUAAGGUACGUGAAGAAGAAAUAUAUUAGAGAGGCUUUUUGCUGAGCUGCUUAAGUGGGUAAUUUUAGUUAGCAACUUAGCAUAGUGUUUUUUUUUUCUUAAGAUCUACUCUUGUUAUGUUUAGCUUUGUAUCUAAAUACUUCUCUGGAGGAUAGUUUGAUCAAUUUGAUUUUAAAUAACUCCUUCUUGUUUUGGCCAUUUAGGUAUAUCAGUACACGUUCUGAGCUUGAUUAAA